UAUAUCUUAGACAACUUUUCUAGAUAAGGUGCUUACUAUCUAAUAUUCCAUACUCGUCGAGUAUUCAUUGGCAUGUCAUGUCUCUCACUUGCACGACGAUCCCGCUCCAGGUCAAGGGCGUCAACCUUGACCUGUCCACGAUCCACAGCCUUACCUCCCGGCCGCCAAUUCUAUUUCUGCAUGGUUUCGGCUCCUGCAAAGAAGAUCUAGCCGACCUACUCCUCCACCCGGCCUUACAACAGUCUGGGUUCAUCGCCUACGACGCGCCGGGUUGCGGGCAGUCAACAAGCGACAAACUGUCUGGUAUAGACAUUCCUUUCCUUGUGGCAACAGCAGAAGCGCUCCUCGCCCAUUUCAAUAUCACCAGAUUUCACCUCAUCGGCCACUCAAUGGGCGGACUGACCGCGCUCCUCCUCGCACAUCGCUACCCGGACCGAGUCCUGAGCUUUGUAGAUAUCAAGGGCAACCUCGCGCCGGAGGACUGUUUCCUGAGCCGCCAGAUCUUCACUUUCCGCUCAGACGACCCAGAGGCAUUCUUCGAUGAAUUUAUCGACCGCACUCGCAAGUCAAAGUCCUUCGUUAGCGCUUUGUAUGCCAGCACCCUGCGCGCGCGGGUGCGCCCACCGGCCAUACGACCCAUCUUUGAGUCGAUGGUUCGCCUGUCCGACGAGGAGGACCUGCUGGGCAUGUUCCUAACGUUGCCGUGCCCGAAGAUGUUCAUGUUCGGCGAGGAGAAUCGGGGUCUGUCGUAUCUGGGGAGGUUGGAGAAGCAAGGUGUGGAGCUCGCUGAGAUCUCCGAGAGCGGGCACUUUCCCAUGUACUCCAAUCCCGUCGAGAUGUACCGUCGGAUUGCGCUAUUCCUGCGCAAUAUUAGUUUAGACUAGGUAAAUAUGCUGUAGAUAUAGAGCCAAAUGAGAAUAAUAGAAACGAGCGACGAACGAAUUGGUCGAAGUGUGC